AUGGCAUCAUCAACUAGCAUCUCUGCCUCUGUUCUCCAUGGCGUCAGAGACCUGAGAACUGAGAGACGGUCGCUCGCUGACCCAGCGGAGGGCGAGCUACAGGUCUCAGUCCGCCGCACAGGUAUCUGUGGUUCAGAUCAGCACUACUACAAUCAUUAUCGCAAUGGCGAUAUCCUGAUCCGAGAGCCCAUGACCCUUGGCCACGAGUCAUCAGGUGUCGUGGAAGCUGUCGGCGCCGGUGUGGCUGGCUUCAGUCCCGGCGACCGAGUCGCCUUGGAGGUGGGCAUCCCGUGCGAUUCUUGCCGCCUCUGCGAGGCUGGACGGUACAACAUCUGCGCGGACAUGCGCUUCCGGAGUUCAGCCAAGUCUUUCCCUCAUUUCCAGGGCACUCUGCAGGAGCGCAUCAAUCACCCUGCGAAAUGGUGCCACAAGCUCCCCGAGUCCGUCUCCCUAGACGAGGGUGCCCUGCUUGAGCCCCUCAGCGUGGCCAUCCACGCAGUGCGCCGCGCCAAGCUAGAGAAGGGAGCCAAUGUGCUUGUCCUCGGUGCCGGCGCGGUCGGCCUCCUGACGGCCGCGAUGCUGCGCACUGCAGAAGUCGCGAGCAUCACAGUCGCCGACGUGGCCGGCAGUCGCGUCGAGUUCGCAAAGGCACAUGGCUUUGCGGACGUGGGCGUGGAAGUGCCCCGGACCGCGCCGCGAGAGACUGCACCGACAAUCGAGGACAAGCUCGCCAGUGCGAAGGAGACUGCGGCUUUCCUGAUGAAAGCUGCCAGUGGGGGUGAGGGAAAGCAGUUCGAUGCCGUGUUUGAGUGCACGGGCGUCGAGGCGUGCGUGCAGGCCGGUAUUUACGCAACAGCGGCUGGCGGGAAGGUGCUGCUCAUUGGGAUGGGCACUCCCAUCCAGACUCUACCCGUGUCAGCUGCUGCGCUACGCGAAGUCGACUUGAUUGGCGUGUUCAGGUACUCCAAUACGUAUGCAUACGGUAUUGAGGUCCUGGCAGACAAGGCCAAGUACAAACUUCCGGACGUUGCGAAGCUGGCGACACAUCGGGUCGCGGGGUUAGAUCGGGUUACAGAUGCCUUCACAUUGGCUGGCAAGCCGGCAGACGAUGAAGGGAACCUGGUGAUCAAGGUACUGAUAGAAACAUAA